AUGAAUGCACCCCGUUCAGGAAGAGCCUCCUUACGGGUAAGGGUCAUUAAGCCCACGAUUCCCCUCAGAGGCGUACAAAGCAGAGCCCCUCCACCAAAAAAGCCAACCCCCAAGCCACCAACACGCAAGCACUUCAACCCAGAGCUCAAACGCUUCGAAGAACGCUUCGCGAAAGAAGCCAUGCCUCAGCCAAGGCCCAACGGGGGCAUCUCUCCACGCGUACUAACCUUCCUGGGCAUCUCAGCCCUGACAAUAAGCACAUACUGCGGCUACCUGUACGCGUCGUACCAGCGUCAGGUAUCCAAAGGACGAACGCUGGAGGUGCCCACAGAUGUCUCAGACCGGUACAACACCACAGCGCCAACCUUUGACGCCGAUGUGGAGCUCUCUGAAAAGGCAAUGGGCUUGGGCACCAAGCGUGCAAAUCUCGUCCGUAUGGCGCGCGGCGAUGUUCUCGAGGUCAGCUGCGGCACGGGACGGAAUUUGGAGUACUACGAUCUCAGUUUGACAUUCGUGGAUCUCAGUCCGCAGAUGGUGGCUAUCACGAAGGAGAAGUUCGAGAAGCUACGGCCGGGAUUUAAGCGCGUGGCAUUCCGGGCGCAGGAUGCUGGUAGUGUUUCUGUUGAACUGGAUGGCCUGGGACGCUCUGGAUCAAAGGGCGAGUAUUACGAUACUAUCGUGCAAACGAUGGGUCUAUGCUCCAUGCCGGAUCCUGUGGGCACUUUAAGGCAUUUGGGUGAGAUUACGGAGCCAAAGCGUGGGCGUAUCUUGUUGUUGGAGCACGGUCGGUCGUAUUACGACUGGCUAAAUCGCAUUUUGGACAAUUUGGCUCCGACGCAUGCAGAUAGGCAUGGAUGUUGGUGGAAUCGGGAUAUUGGAGCUAUUGUCCGAGAAAGUGGGCUGGAGGUUGUCGAGGAGAAGAGGUGGCAUCUUGGGACGACUUGGAGGGCUUUGGUCGAGGGUCGAGGGGGUGAGCCUUAA